AUGGCACUAUUCGCAACAACCACUACAACAGAUAUCUGGGCCAGCUGUGGAACCGAUGUCAAUCCAACGCCAUGUCCGGUUUCAACCUCAUCUUCAGGGAGUUCGACCCCCCUAUCCACAACAAUCGAGUCCUCGACCGCAACCACAGAGCCCACGCUCCCUCCCGCGCCCCAUCCCAUGACCAGCUCCGUCGGCUAUAUUCUUAUAGGUGUCGCAAUCCCCACCGUUAUAAUCAUAAUAGGGGCCUGCAUAUUCUACUGGAGACGGCGACGCCGUGCUGCUGCUGCCGCCGCCGCCGCCGCCGCCGCCCCGCCAUUGGAGCCUCCUUUCCCAAUCGAAAAGAAUGAGUCGGAUGCCGAGAAGGGGUAUGGAGAUGUGCGAUUAGACACGGCGGUUUCGGAAUUGGACCCAGGACCGGGAGGAAUGGGGAAAGUGUUCAUUGCUGAGCUUGAUGGGUCAUCGAUGGUGGGGUGUAUGGAAUUAGACUCGAGCCCGGUUAUGUCUAUGAGUCCAGGUGCGGGGAUAAAAAGUAACUUGUUUGUUUCGGGUGCUGGUUUCAACGCGAGCAUGAGAAACAGUCAGUUCUCUGCGGUUUCGGGUGUGAGAGCGGGUGCGGAAACAACUUCGAGCAUGAGGGGUAACGGAUUUGCGGGUGCUGGUGCGGGUACUGGUGCGAGUGCAGGUUCGAAUACGGGUUUUGGUGUUGGCGCGGGUGUAGCCACGGGCGUAAACAAUAACGCGUUUAUUGCGGAACUCGAGGCUCCUCUAGAUGCCAGUGAGGUAGAUAAGAAGAGACUGGAGUUGGAAGGAAAUGACGCGCCGCAGAUUACAGAGGUCGAGAUUCCUAGCUCCAUCCUGUUUACGGUCAAGAAGGGGUCAUCCGGGGAAAAUUAG